CUGCAGGCUGCAGCUGUGCAGCAGAUCCGGCUCGCCCUGGCUGAUUGCUCGUCGGCUUUCUCGUCUUCUCCGGCGAGCUCUACGGCGGCGCCGUCGAGGGGAUGGACGCCCAGCCUAAUUGGAGAGCGGGGACAGCGGCCUCGAGGUUGUCGUACAAGAACGCCACCAUCGCCGUGUGCGCCUUUAACCUCCUCGUUGCUGCCCUCCUCCUUCACAACUACUACUCGUCCUGGACGCGCAUCGCAGGCGGUGACCAGUUCGAUUCUGCUCAGCUUCGGUAUAUAUGGGAAUCUGAAGAGUUGCGCCGUGCCAUGGAACCUGUGGAUUUGAUUAGAAGAGUGAAGGCAAUUGAGCAAGAAGCUUAUGGUGAGCAUGGCAUGGCAACACAAGAAGAUCCUAAGCAGACUGCUGCUGUUGAUUUAUCAAAUAGGCUGAAAGAUUUAAGGGCAGGGAAUGAUGGCAGCAGCCAAAAAGCUCUUGAAGAAUGGCGUAAACGGAAGAUGGAGCGUGCAAGGCAGCGAGCAAUAGAAAAGAAUGGGAUAUCUGGUGCAAAAACACUAUGAAGCGAGAGAAGUAUUAUUCCGCACAAGGGAUUUUGUUGAUGUUUGGAGCUGUGGUCUCCGUCUCUCCGAUGUUUGUAAAUUUUCUUUGUAAAAAAAAAUGCUACCUUCCCCUGCUCAUUUAAUGAUUAAAAGAUAUACAACAACAUUUUAUUGUUUCAA